AUUUAUGACCCCUCACCCGACACCACUGUAAUCGUAGACAUUGUAAUAAUCACAACUUCCGGUUACAGUACAGACAGACGUGGAAUUUACUGCCAUCAAACGCAAAUGCAAAUAAAGACAUCUAAAAGAAACUCCAGUCUACCUUUUGGCAAGCCCGUCGUAUCAUCUACAAACUGUUUUCCACUGUAGACAUUUCCAGAACACGAGGAUCUCUAAUGUACAUAAUGUACAGAAUAGCUGGACAAUUAUGUUUUAUUUUGGUAUGCACAGGAAGUGGUAUACAUUAUCAAUCACACUUGACAUUGCAGCGCAUAACAGUGGGCGUAAAGUGUCUGGCAUGUAUGUCUAUGUGCAUAGGCUACCACACUGUCUGGAAAGAACAUUGCAUCCAGUUCUGAUAACAAGUGGUCUGGAAUAGCACAUUUAAAAAUGCAUGUUUAUCACACAGUAUAGCGAUGUAAAAGAUGUAUACAUAUGCUACAACCUAAUUCUGUAACAAUAUAAUUAUAUUAAUUGGUCACAGUGUUGAUGUACACUUAAGCAAGUAUCAAUACAUUUUUAAAAAAUCUUUCCACAAUUCCCCUGACAUAGUAAAGUAAAACUAUACUUGGGAACAUUAUAUGUUUUAUGCCUUACUGUGGAGGUAAAGCUUUAAGUUUAAGUUAAGCCCAUUCAUUCAGGCCUUUAUAUUUAAUGGGAUGAUAUAACAUGAUUUGUUUAUAGGCGUUUUCAACUAAAAUCACUUUUUGUACAGUCAGCUGCUUAUUCUUACGAUCUGUGAUUGCACUUGUCAGUAUAAUGGAAUGUUUGCGUAGCAUAUCACACUUCUUCCCACCCCUUUAACUGAAGAGUCAAGCAGUUGUAGUACUAGUGCCAUAAGGUGUGUGCAGUCUCUUCAAACUAGUCUGCUGCGAUUGCUUCUACCUGUUUAUCACAAUGAACUGGGGUUUCCUGGAGGGUCUUCUCAGCGGAGUCAACAAGUAUUCCACUGCUUUUGGCCGAAUCUGGCUUGCUAUUGUUUUUAUUUUCAGGCUCCUGGUGUUCCUGGUGGCAUGCGAGAAGGUAUGGGGAGAUGAGCAGAAAGACUUUGACUGUAACACCCGCCAGCCUGGAUGUCAAAACGUCUGCUACGACUAUUACUUCCCUGUCUCCUACACCCGUCUCUGGGCCCUCCAACUCAUCUUUGUUACAUGCCCAUCCCUCUUGGUGACCCUGCAUGUGAGCUACAGAGAGGAAAGAGAGCGCAAACACAAGCUGAAGCACGGAGAAGACUGCCCCCCGCUAUAUGAUAACACAGGGAAGAAGCGUGGAGGGUUAUGGUGGACCUACUUCUUUAGCCUGCUCUUUAAGAUCACUGUGGACAGUGUUUUUAUUUUCUUGUUGUUCUACAUCUAUGAGGCUACCUUCUUUCCACCUCUGGUCAAAUGCAGCGAAGAUCCUUGCCCCAAUGUAGUGGACUGCUACAUUGCAAGGCCCACAGAGAAGAAACUCUUCACUAUCUUCAUGGUGAUCACCAGUUUGGUGUGCAUCAUCCUCACUCUGAUGGAGGUCCUGUAUCUGUGUGGAAAGAGGCUGGUUGAGUGCUGUGGAGCUAGGCACAAGUCCAGCCGAGAUCCCCCUUCCUCCUUCAUGAUGCCCAGCAUACCUCUGACCGAGAAGCGUGGCUCCAUGUACAAAGGACCAGUCAUGGACAAACUGGACAAUGGAGAAGUGACCAUAGAGUCCUCUGCACCAGCAUAUGCUGUUGCCUUGUCUUGAGCCAUAGUGUUGAUGUGUGAUCGAGGGGAUUAAAUACGUAAUGUAGAUGUUUUAGUAUGGACUAAAUAUUAUCAUUAAAUACACAUGAUGUCAAUGAUCCAUAGACCAAACAAGUGGUUAAGACUUACUCUUUUACCACUACAAGACAGUGAGCCCAUGCAUUGAGCUAAUCAUUUAUCCAACCUUUGAAUCUAAAAGCCUUCCUACAACCAUGCUUUAAAUAUUGCAAAUGAAGCACAU